AUGGCCCACACUCCUCAGGCUCAAAGCUCUACGACGUCCGUUCAGGAUCCUACGGGUGCCACUCCCGGGGUGGGUCUUGAACCCUUUCAACGAGUCGACACACCGCGCUCCAGCGACACGCCGACUAUAUCCUCUCAGAAAAACCCGGCCCCGGAAGAAGAAACGAAGUCUUCUGCGGCAGAAGCAGAGAACAAAGAGCAACAUGACAACGAUAUUGUGGUCGGAUGGGAUGGUCCCGAUGAUCCAGAAAACCCACGCACGUGGUCCCCGAAGCGCAAAUGGGCGGUAGCCUUGACUGUGUCUUCGUUCACCUUCAUCUCGCCAAUCGCCUCCUCCAUGGUAGCUCCGGCUGCAAGCCAUGUUGCGGAGUCGUUCAAUAUCCACCACAGCUUUGAAGGCAACCUCACCAUAUCAAUAUUCGUUCUCGCAUACGCCUUUGGACCCUUGAUCCUCGGACCACUAUCUGAAAACUUCGGUAGGGCGAGAGUGCUCCAGAGCGCAAACAUGUUCUUCUUUGUGUGGAAUUUGGCAUGUGGAUUUGCGCAGAGCGAAGCACAAAUCAUGGUCUUCCGCUUCCUCUCGGGCUUCGGAGGGAGCGCUCCCCUGGCAUGUGGUGGCGCCGUCCUGGGCGACAUGUGGAGCCCAGAAGAGCGUGGCAAAGCUAUAGCCGUGUACUCACUCGCGCCCCUGCUCGGACCCGCCAUAGGACCUGUGGCGGGUGGUUGGAUCGCUGAGCGGUCGACGUGGCGCUGGGUGUUCUGGUCUACGAGUAUUGCGGCGGGCAUCAUAGAGGUUAUAUCCUUCUUCGCGCUGCCUGAGACAUAUGCCCCAGUUUUGCUUCGGAGAAAGGCGAAGAAGAUCCGCAAGCAGAUGGAUGCCGAGAAGGGGCCUGUGAGGGAGGUACGGACGACGUUCGAGAAGCCGGGUCAGCCAACAAGUUGCAGCUUCAACACGGACUUUGUCGUCCGUUCCCUCUUCCGCCCUUUCAUGCUCUUCGCCAAAGAGCCCAUCAUCCAGCUCAUCUCCCUCUACCUCGCUUUCAUCUACGGCGUUAUCUACAUGGUGAUCACGAUAAUCCCUCCCAUCUACACCAACAUAUACCACGAAAGCCCAGGCCACGUCGGGCUGCACUACAUCGCGCUCGGCCUCGGCCUAUAUAUCUCAUCACAACUCAACGCGCGGGCUCUCGACAAGGUGUACGUCGCGCUCAAGAAGCGCAACAACGACAAGGGCGAGCCCGAGUUCCGUCUCCCCACGGUGAUGCCGGGGACCCUCCUCAUCCCCGCGGGUCUCCUGAUUUCCGGUUGGGGCGCACAAGAGCACGUCCACUGGAUCGUCCCCGACAUCGGCUUCUUCUGCAUCGGCGCGGGCAUGGUGCUCAUCUUUCAGGGUAUGACGUCUUAUGUCAUUGACUCAUUCACCAUGUACGCCGCCUCAGCGCUCGCCGCGGUCUCGUUCUUCCGGUCCCUCGCGGGCUUCGGCUUCCCGCUCUUCGCGCCCGCGAUGUUCGCCGCCCUCGGAUACGGCAAGGGGAACACGAUCCUCGCCGCGUUCGCCGUCGCCGUCGGGUGCCCCGCGAUGUGGGUGUUCUGGCGGUACGGCAAGAAGAUCCGGAGCAUGAGCGCGCAUGCGCGAAAGCAGUGA